AUGGCAACUGACACUCCUUCCUCCGUUUUUACAGGCGUGCAGAGGUUCUAUUCAGAUAUUUGGACAGCAUGCAGGGAAGCGAGCGCAGUGACUCAGGUGCUCCACAUGCUGGUAGACACCAUUGACGCCGGCGGAGAGCUAAUGACGAUGGAGCAGCUCAGAGCUGCCGCAGACCACGGCCGAGACUUGCGGCCGCAGGCAGCAGGCUUGGCGGCGGGCACUGGCGCUGCACUCAUCAUCCGAGCAACCGGCGUGUUCAAGAACGGCCCGAUUUGGAAGCCCGCGUCAAUUGUUCUUCCUGCGUGGUUUGCCGGUUUCGCGUUGACCCGGCUCUACUCGAAUUUCAACUUCGUGCGGAUAGCCAUGCGAGACGACGACUCGAAGCUCUCACGAAAACUCCGAGCAGCGUACAAGAAGCUGGCCCCACCAGGGAGCACUACGCUCGACAAUCUCUAG